AUGAGCAUCGACACGACUGAACCAGUCGAUCAAUUGAAGCAUGCGAUCCGGGCGCAUCCAGAGUUUGGCUUCCCCACCAGGGGCCUCGACUUGUACUUGGCGAUCAAGGAUCAUGCGUGGUUGUCCAGUGAGGACCCCGAUGUCGUCGCACUUUCCGAUCCCGCCGGAGGAGACUCCGUGGUGGCAUCGUAUGUGAAUGCUGACAGAAAGAUGAAGGCAAACAAAUUUCUUUCCACGUAUUUUACUGGUGGGAAGUUCCCCCCUUUCGACGCCGCGGAACGAAUUCAUGUGGUCGUGGUGGUAUCCCCGCCGAUUCGACCGCGCGAAGGUGAGUCCAUUGUUGUGGACUCGAAGAAGGCCAAGCUUAUCACUGGUCUUGACGAACCUCGUGGCAAGGUGGACGUGGCUCUGCCUUCCCCUAAAGUGUUUCAGUACGACUUGAGCACCGUACCAGUGGGCGUCCUUCUGGACACCAGUGCGCUUUCAGACGCUCUCAAGUCGUUUGGGGGGUUUCCAAGAACUCUAUAUGUGCGACACGAGAUGAAGGUGGUAUGGGCCAUUCUGUAUGACAACUACUUCGUCGAGCCAGUGCAAGACGUCCACUACGUGCUCCUGGGGUCGCCGGGCGACGGAAAGUCGGCACUUCUCGUGCUUUUCUGCUGCUUCCUGUCGCAGAUGCACAAUUUCGACAUCUUCCUCGCGCGCCACGUGAUAUGCGACGCGGGGACGACCAGCCCCGACGUGGUGCUGUGCUUUCGCGGGUCCGUUGUCACAGGGUACCCAAAGAUCCCAAGAGGGCUCUUGCCAUAUAUCGAAUUCAAUCUUUCAGAGUCCUGCAUGAGCACCCAACGGUACUUGGUCGUGGGGGAUGGCUACCAUCAGAACAGUUUCAUCACAGAUGGGCUCAAUAUAUUCCAGUCAAGCGACCUCUUAUCGACGUCGGGGCAAUACAGGCUAUCGAGCCAAGACAACCGCAGUCUCGUGCUGAUGUCGGCGUGGACUCGACACGAUCUCGGGGCACUUUAUCCGACUCUCCCCAUCAACACCUUUGAGACUCAGUACGCGUACUCUGGUGGGAAUGCGCGGGACUUUUGCCGCCAGUUCUCGGACCUGUACGAGCGCCGAAUGACGACGUUGCAACGACUCACCCCAGCAACUAUGGAAACCCUGCUUGGGCGUUAUGACGAUGCACGAUGUCAAGGGAUGGACACCCUGACAAGCCUGUAUGUAAAGGACGCCACUGACAGGUCGAUGUACACGAGGCCAUCCAUGUGGAAGGCGAUCGUGGACUCGAAGUUCGCGCUCACGGAACUCGUGACCAAAGCCGACCUCCAAGUGUACGUGAACGCGCUCCAUCUGGCCGAGAACGCCAUGCGUGGGGGGACUCUGCACGGCAUCGCGUUCGGAGCGAUGCUCCACAAGCUCGCCUGGCUCAAGCAACUGGAGCUUCGAGGGGGGGGGCUGGUGGUGUCGGUGACCGACGAGUGCCAAGUGAUGGGGCACGGGGCCUCGUAUGGCGAGUGUAUCGAGUUUCUCAAGACAAAUACGCGCACUUAUAUGUACUGGUACCCCGCGUACGCGACGUUCCCACCGAUUCUUGACAGCAUUCUGAUCGUGGAUGGAGUCGUGUACUACCUGAAAACGACCGUCGCCGAAACGCACGCACUAGACUGGGACCAACUGCGCGAGAUCCACGAGGCUAUCGCGCCACGUGGCACGCCCACGACUGGGGUCGACAUGUGGGAAGCGUGGGCCGGAACUAGUGGACACGUCCAGCGAGAGUUGCGAUCCCUCAGAUGCUUGCACUUGGUUGGCUAA